AUGACGCCGACGGACGAAUGCACUCGUCUCUGUGUCUUUCUGUCUGCACGGCUGUAUUGCGAUGCCAUGUUUUUUUUUUUUUUUUUUUUUUUCAUACCUCUAAAAAGGAAUUUCUCUUGUAGGGGAAAUAAAAGGAGGCGUGGAAGGCGAAAAAAAAAAACAACAACAACAACAACAGAAAAGGCGCUAAUAGAGGGGGAGAGAGGGAGACGAAAAAAUAACGAAAAAGAGGGAUUGGAAGCUUCAAUGAUUAUUGAAGACGCCAUUGUGGACGAGGUGCCGACUGUUCGGCGAGUUCGUCGGUUGCGCUCGCAGUUUGAGCGACUUGUUCGCCCAGCCGAUGUGCGGCCCGGCGAGCCGAUGCCUAGCAUUGAGGGGUGGGUGCUGUUCCUCACAAACCUGCCGGCGAACACAACGACGGACCACAUCCUCGACCUCUUUCUCACUUACAAGAAGGAAGAGAGCGAGGGGUACGCCCCUGUACGCGAGGUACGGAUGCCGUUGGACAAAAACUGCGAGUGCUGCGGCUACGCACUGGUGGAACUGCAGCGAAAGGAUGCGUUUGAGCGGGCAUUAAAGGAGUUGCAGGGCGUCGUGCUCCCAUUUGCGGAGGGGGAGCCGCCAAAUGGCGAAGAGGUCUGGCGAUUACAAAUUGCGCCAACAUUUUUGGGCGAGACAGAUGAUGACGAAGCAUUGGCGGGCGAGAAGCGGGUCCGUGAAUGA